UAUGACGUUGCCAUGGAAACAGCUUCUACUGCUAUCAAUCAUCGACUGUCUGGCAGAUUGUCUGGACAGUGGAUCAUACCAUGGUCCAAGAUGGAGGAUGGAGCCCGGUGACUUGUUCAUUCCUAUCGACUCCAUAGAAGAAGAAGCUACUCUGACGUGUGACGCAAAGGGAACGCCACCUCCUCAGUACAGAUGGUCAUUGAAUGGGACUCUCAUAAAUCUGGGCCUGGAUCGCCGGCGGCGUCUGUCUGGGGGCAACCUCAUUAUAAGCAGUCUGGACCGCUACCAGGACGUAGGAAUGUACCAGUGUAUGGCGUUCAACACUGUAGGAGCGAUCCUCAGCAGGAGAGCCAGUCUGCAGUUUGCCUACUUAGAUCAUUUCAAAGUCCACACCAGAAGCGCAGUGUCAGUCCGCGAGGGACAAGGAGUGGUGCUUCUUUGUGGAACGCCCACUUCCUCAGGAGACCUUACUUAUGCCUGGGUCUUCAACGAGUACCCGUACUUUGUUCAACAAGACAAUCGGCGUUUCGUCUCCCAGCAGACGGGAAACCUUUACAUUGCCAAGGUGGAGCCCUCCGAUGUGGGCAACUACACUUGUGUCGUGAUGAACAGCAUCACAAAGGGGAAAGUUCAGAGCUCACCCACGUCUCUGAUCCUCAGGACAGAUGGAGUGAUGGGCGAAUACGAGCCGAAAAUAGAAGUUAAUUUCCCAGACAAUGUACCCGCCGCCAAAGGAUCAACAGUUACGCUGGAGUGUUUCGCCCUCGGGAACCCCGUCCCAGAAAUCACCUGGAAGAGGGCUAAUGGCGUUCCCUUCCCCAGUAAAGUGAAAAUGAAGUACUCCAAUGCAGUGCUGGAGAUCCCCAGCUUCCAGCAGGAUGAUACAGGAGGAUACGAGUGUGUGGCUGAGAACAAGAUGGGCAAGAACAUAGCCACCGGUCGACUGGCAUUCUAUGCCAAGCCUCAGUGGAUGCAGGCCAUGAAGGACACAGCCCUGGCCAUAGAGGAGAGACUAUACUGGGAAUGCCGAGCCAAUGGCAGGCCCAAACCCUCCUACACAUGGCUGAAGAACGGCCAACAGCUACUCUCAGAGGAAAGAAUCCAUGUGGAGGACGGAGUCAUGUCAGUGUCGGUGCUGACACUAUCCGACGCCGGCAUGUACCAGUGUGUGGCGGAGAAUAAACACGGCGUCAUAUAUUUCGCUGCUGAACUAAUGGUUUUAGCCUCUCCUCCAGACUUCACAGGGAACGUCCUCAGAGCUUUGCUCAAAGCCAAGGCAGGCACUACAGUGACUUUAGAGUGUAAACCCCAGGCCUAUCCCAUCGCCAGCAUUCUAUGGAAGAAAGGAAACCUGCCCAUCCACACCAGUGACAGGAUCACACUUUCCCCAGAUGGAACAUUGAGGCUUGCCAAUGUGAGCAAGUCUGAUGCAGGCAGCUAUACGUGCUUCGCUAGGAAUAGAUUUGGCAUGUCGAGUACAACUGGAAGGCUCCUUGUUACGGAUCCAACCAGAAUCACCCAGGGGCCAGUGGACAUGGAGAUCAUUGUGGGCGAGAGCAUUGUGCUACCCUGUCAGGUCGCCAGUGACCCCGUCCUUGACGUUUCUUUCUCCUGGGCCUUCAAUGGACAACUCAUCGCCAAGGGAGACGGUCACUUUGAGCUAGUGGGCGGGGUGACAGCAGGAGAUCUGAUGAUCAGGAACAUUCAGCUUUACCAUGCAGGCAAAUAUAUCUGUGUUGUGGACACCGACGUGGAGAGCCUGUCAGCCGUGGCUGUAUUGAUUGUCAAAGGCCCCCCCAGUCCUCCAGACUCUGUGACGGUGGAGGAGGUGACAGACAGUACAGCCCAGCUGGCCUGGAGUCCCGGCAGAGACAACGGCAGCCCCAUCACCAAUUACCUCAUCCAGACUAGGACUCCCUUCACCGUGGGCUGGCAGAGGGUUAAUACAGUCCCAGAGCUAAUCGAUGGGAACACACUGACAGCCACUGUGGUGGACCUCAAUGCCUGGGUGGAGUAUGAGUUUCGGGUUUUGGCCAAAAACAGUGUUGGGGUUGGGGAACCCAGCCCUGUGUCGGUCAAGACCAGGACAGAGGACGCAGUUCCUGAUGCAGCACCAGGUGACGUGGGCGGAGGAGGUGGAAGCAGAGCGGAACUGGUCAUCACAUGGGAGCCUGUCCCCGAAGAACUACAGAAUGGCGAGAGCUUUGGUUACAUCAUUGCUUUCCGCGCCUUUGGAGAAGUUAGCUGGACUCACGUGGCCACCUCUGCCCCCGGUGCGUCGCGUUACGUGUACCGCAACGAAAGCAUCGCGCCCUUCUCUCCAUUUCAUGUCAAGGUUGGCACUUACAACAGCAAAGGACAGGGUCCCUUCAGCCCCGUGAUCACCAUCUACUCUGCAGAGACUGAGCCAAGCGGGAUGCCAGCGGGAGUUUGGGCCAGAAGUGUCUCAGCCUCUGAGAUUGAGGUGAAUUGGCAGGCUCUCUCCUUCUCUCCUGAAAGGGUUCUGGGCUAUGAGGUGGUAUACUGGGAAGACGACACUAAACCAGAGACCAUGGGGAAGGUUAGGGUGCCUUGGAACCAAACCUCUGUCACAGUCAGCGGCUUGGAAGGGAACACGCAGUAUUUCCUAACAGUCAGCGCAUUCAACACAGCGGGCACCGGCCCUUUCCUCCCCGCAAUCAAUGUCACCACCAAAAAGCCACCACCAGCCCAACCGCCGCUGAAUGUCGAAUGGUCCCUAAUUGGCUCUCAGCUGACUCUUUACUGGGAACCUGUGGUGGCAACGGAGUCGGAGUCAGAAGUUACGGGCUACCAACUGUCGUACAGGAGACAGAGGCACAAAGAGGUAAACACACUCACAACAGCCAAUUGGACGGCAGAGCUGACGCUCCCUGAGGAAGAUGACGACUACAUCAUCCACAUCCAGACGCUGAGUGAGGGAGGGCUGGGCCCGGCCUCCGAUCCCAUACGGAUCCACCAACUAAGUAUGAGUGCCCGCGGCUCCAGAGCUUGGAGUGUGUACAUCUCCCCCCUCUCACUGCUCAUCGCCAUCGCAAUAUCAACAUUCAGGUCAACGUCGUGA